AUGGACUCGGGUGACGACAUUCUAGACUACCUGGCCUCUUUGCUGCCGGCAGACUACAGGAACUUUAUCCUCCGACACAUCUUGCAGUCCAACACGCCCAUCCAGAUCGCCAAGCGCAAGUUCGUCUACCACGCCCGGAGAACCUUCGACGUCAUGUAUCCGUUCGUCCAACCGCUCGUGAGCCGAUUUCUGGGCGCAUUGUACGACUCCCCAGACGUGGUCGUCAUAAUCUUCACCUUGACCGUCCUCUACCUUGCGUUCCAAGUCCUCAACUGGAUGCGCCGCGUGGUCAUGUUCUGGACCAGGAUGGUGGUGCGCGCCACCAUCCUUGCCGUUAUCGUCAGUUUACUUUCUAUGGCAUAUCAGAGAGGGUUGGAACAAUCCAUGCGGGACAUGUUUGUUGUUGGUGCGAAGCUGUCUGGAUACGUGGCUUGGGCCAAGGACGUCUGGCUUCGGGAGUAUGGCAACUACCAGGCCGCUGCUGCUGCAAACGGCGAGGCACAAAGAGGUGCCUAUGCAAACGCACGUAGUCAUCGUUAG